AUGAAUUCAACGGAGAAUGAUAACAGAAAUACCCAGAAGUUUCAAAAAAACCUUAAUGAAACAUUAGAAGAAAAAGAAAAAUUAAAAAGUAUAUUGUCAUCAACGAAAACUGAAUGUAACUUAUUAAAAAGUCAAAUUGAAUCAGCAACAGAAGAAUUGAGAAAAGUUAAUAAAGAAAUUCAAGACAUACAAAUUAAGAAAAAUUGUUAA